GAAAGAAAGCCCAACCCACGUCCCACUCGGCCACUCCUUCCCGAAGCCGGCAGCGGAAGGCGGCGGACGAAGCAGCGGCAGCCGGCAGGCCAUGGCGUCGUCGUCGACCCCGGCGGCCGUCCGCGAGAUGCAGAAGGAUCUCGAGGUCCAGGCUAACGCUCUCAGCAAGAUCCAGAAAGACAUCGCGAAGAACCACCAGGUCCGCAAGCAGUACACCAUACAGGUCGGCGAGAAUGAGCUUGUCCUCAAGGAGUUGGAGCUACUGAACGAUGGGGCGAACGUGUACAAGCUCAUCGGCCCGGUGCUGGUCAAGCAGGACCUCGCGGAGGCCAAGGCCAACGUCAAGAAGCGCAUCGAGUACAUCUCGGCAGAGCUGAAGCGGAUGGAUCGGGCGCUGAAGGAUUUGGAGGACAAGCAGAACAGCAAGAAGGAAUCGAUAUUCAAGUUGCAACAGAGGAUGCAGGCUGUACAAGCUAAGGCCUAGACACCUGCUUGCUGAUUGCAACUAGUCCAAGGCCUUCCUGCAACCACCCAUAUCCCAAUACCAUCCAGUUUUUUCGUGUGGAAUUAGGUGUCCAGUGUUCUCGUCUCUGAAAAGAAAGAUUGGUUGUGCUGUGAGAUUGAAACGUUCGUGAGGUCUCUCUAGCAUAGAAUGUUAUUCAGGAUGCUCUGAUGUAAAAGUCCGUCACUCGGUUGAAGGUGUAUGGUAGGCUUGUAGUGGUUUCCUCGGAUGAACUUAUUGGUGUACCAUUUUGCAUUUCGUGCCAUGUUUCCUUCUCUGUACUGAAUGCUUCAGAAAGAGGAAUGUUGGUCAAGGUUGUUCCAACUCUUGCCGUAAAUUAAGUUGCACAAUCAUUUCCCCCAUGAA